AUGGAUCCAGACAUGUACAAUGCUGCAAUGGAAGGCAAUAUGGUAUAUGGCAAUUUUUCACUUGCUGAUCAUUUGAGAAGAGUGGAAAAUGGAUACCAAGUCACUCCCAACGGAAACACAAUCCUUCAUGUGGCGGCUCUCUUUGGCCAAUAUGAUUUCGUGGGAGAAGUCCUUGAGAUUACCCCGACAUUAUUAUGUUAUAAGAAUAUGAAAAAUGAAACUGCGCUUCACAUUGCAGCUGAUUUAGGACAAAGUGAAGUGGUGAGAAAACUACUUAGCAUAGAAGGACAGGAGACGGUACUUGUGAGGAUGACGGAUGACAUUGGAGAUACGGCCUUGCACAAGGCCGUUAGAAGUGGACACAUUGACAUUGUCAAUAUCUUGAUGGAACUAUUACUAGAUCCUGAACACGACUUCCCAGCCAAUAAGGCAGGGGAGACACCACUUUAUCUGGCCGCGGAGUCUGGUUUUAAGAACGCUUUGAUUGAAAUCUUGAAUGUUUUCAAGGAACCAACUUAUGUUACAGGUCCACUCAAUCGAACACCUCUACAUGCAGCCGUAAUUCAAGAACACACAGAUUUUNACAUUGGAGAUACGGCCGUGAGAAGUGGACACGUUGACAUUGUCAGGAGUUUGAUGGAUUUAUUACGAAAUCCUGAACACGACUUCCCAGCCAAUAAGGUUGGGGAGACACCAAUUUAUCUGGCCACGGAGUCUGGUUUUCACGAUGCUUUGAUUGAAAUCUUGAACAUUUACAAAGAACCAACUUAUGUUACAGGUCCACUCAAUCGAACACCUCUACAUGCAGCCGUAAUUCAAGAACACACAG